AUGCGACAAUUGCGAUGGUUGGUAUCAUUUUGCAUGUGUGUUUCACAAGAAAUAGAGCACCAAGAUUGGAUUUGUACGGAAUGUGAGUCAGCAAAAAGUUCGCAGGAGAAUGCAUUAGGCGCUAAAAAGAAAACUGUAUUGAAAUCGAAACCACUCCAAACUAAGGAAGAAGACAUUAAACAGAAGGUUACGGUUGGUGAUGUGUUUCUGGAAUUACACGAUCAGAACCAGAAACAAUCUCGAAAGUCGUUGAAAGAAGGAUCGGUGACUUCUGGGUUAUCAAAAAAGUCGGCAAAGACAUUGUUGACAAUACAACUCCAGAAAAUUGAGGCUGAAGAGGCGCUUAUGAAGGAAGAAAUAAGGCGAAAGAGAGAGUUAGCAGAGAAAAAAUUCAGUGUAUUAGAAGAAAUAGCUGAAAUAGAAUCAGAAACGAAAUCCGCUGGUGUGCCACAUACUAGUUCAAUGGUGAAGGUGAAAGAAUGGUUGAACGAUGACCAGGCGAUGAAUACUGCAGAUAGAGAAGCUCAUGGUGACGAAGAUUUAUGUGAUUCCGAUAAUGAUGCAGCGAUAUCAGGCAAAGGCGAAGAGGCGUGCGAAGAUGGAAGUCAACAUAACUUGUCAGGUCAGGCAGGUGAGGAUCAGCGUAAAUCUGAAUUCAAUCCACCUAAGCGAUCGACUCCAAAUCACUCGCGAGCAGAUUGCCGCCCGCCAGGUUGUACCACGCGAUUUGCCAAGUUCAGCGGUAAUCCCGACGAUUGGCCAAUGUUUUUCUCCACCUAUGAGAGUACAACGACAAUGUGUGGGUACAGAGACGAAGAAAACAUGAUUCGCCUACGAAACUGCCUGAAAGACGAAGCUCUCGCCGCUGUUCGAAGCUUCCUCAUGCACCCCUCAACCGUUUCCAAGGCAAUAGCAGCGCUCAAGCUACGAUUUGGACAACCACAUACAAUAAUUAGAUGUCUUAAGGAGAAAAUAUUGGCGAUGCCUCCAAUAAAGGGAGACUCCCUGGAUCGACUAAUAGAUUUCGCCUUGUCGGUACAGAAUCUGUGUGCCACUAUUGACGCGUGUGGAACGAAUGAAUAUAUGAAAGAUGUUACGUUACUCCACGAAUUAAUCAACAAACUGACAUCACCCCUGAAACUUGAUUGGGCAAGGUAUCAGAGAACACUGAGCAAAGUCAAUUUAGCAAUUUUCAAUAAAUGGAUCUAUACGUUAGCCGAAGAUGCAUGUGCAGUUACUGAACCACACAGCAAUCAUAAGGGUAAAGUUUUCCUAAAUGCACACUCGGAAGAGCCUGCUGUCGUUGAAGAAAGAUCGUCCAUCGGUGAGUCAAUACAUAACGCGCGGGUUGCCGCUGCUACUCACGCUAAGUCGAGUAAUUCUUCACCGUUUGAAUUGCUGCCACGUGGCUCGAAUACAGACGUCAUAAAAAAAUGCCCAGUUUGCAAAGGCGGAUGCACAAGCGUCGGAUUAUGUAAUAUCUUCGAGAGACUGUCAUAUGAAGCACGAUGGUCUAUAGCACGCGUGAUGAAAAUAUGCCGAAGGUGCCUCAAACAACACAGAGGAGGCUGCAGUGGCAAAGUUUUUGGGAAAAAUGGAUGUACCUUCAAGCAUCAUCCAUUGCUUCACAAAGACUUUGUAAUAUCUCACGAAACAAACAGCCAAUCGAGUCGCGAAUCAGAACAUGACCUUCACACGCACCAAACGGUUUCGAGCGGUGGAUUGUUCCGCUACGUCCCAGUAGAGCUGUAUGGAGCUAGGAAACAUAUUCGAUGCUAUGCAUUCCUUGACGACGGUUCCGCCCUUACACUUAUGGACCAGCAAAUUGCGGAUGAUCUUGAAUUAUUCGGAGCGGUCAGUCCCCUGUGUUUAAGAUGGACUGGAGGUACACACCGUUACGAAGCGAACUCCCAAAUUGUGUCGGUGGACAUAUCUGGGUGUGAAGGUAAAAAGUUUCAUCUCCGUGAGGUAAGAACUGUAGGGGAACUACAACUGCCAUAUCAAUCCCUCGACAUGGAAGAAUUGCGAAGGAAACAUCCGUACUUGUCAGGUCUACCAAUAAAUUCCUAUCACGAAGUACGUCCUCGCAUCCUGAUAGGGUUGAAACACGCCAACGUCACCCUAGUUAGACGCAGUCGCGAAGGGAAACAGGGUGAACCAAUUGCUGUGAAAACCAAUUUGGGAUCGACGGUCUUUGGAGUUAUGCCCGCGGAGCAGUCUACGAAUAUGGUACAUUAUACCUACCACAUAUGUUUUUGUGAUGGAGUUUUGCAACAAGCUGUAAAAGACUAUUUUUCUCUCGAUAGCUUAGGAAUAGCGAAGUUAAGUCAUACGUUCAGUUCCAAUGAAGACGAGAGAGCUUUGUCACUAUUAAAUUCGCUAACACGUUGCAUGGGGGAACGCUUCGAGACGGGCCUCCUUUGGCGCUAUGAUGACGUUCGGUUGCCAGAUAGCAGGCCUAUGGCUCUCAAACGGGCAAAAUGUCUUCGAAGCAGAAUGACAAAGAACCCUCAAUUGGCAGAUUCACUUAACAACCUAAUCGCCGAGUAUCAAUCGAAAGGUUACAUCCGAAAAGUUUCGCAGAGUGAAUUGGUUACGACUUCUCAGCGUGUGUGGUAUCUUCCAAUAUUCCCGGUUUUUAAUCCCAAUAAACCCGGUAAAUUGAGGAUUGUGUGGGAUGCGGCUGCGACGGUACAUGGAACCUCACUCAAUUCUGUUCUUCUGACUGGGCCAGAUCAGCUAACUUCACUCAUCUCAGUACUGCAAAAAUUCAGAGAACAUCGAUUCGCAAUUUGUGGGGAUAUCCGUGAGAUGUUCCAUCAAGUUAGUAUUAGAAAAGAAGAUCAGCAAUGUCAACGAUUUUUGUGGUAUGAAGGUGACGAACAGGAGCCUAGUACAUUUGUGAUGCAGGUCAUGACCUUCGGUGCGUGCUGCUCUCCGAGUGCAGUUCAAUUUGUGAAAAAUAAAAACGCAAAGAGAUUCGAAGUCGAGUUCCCGCGUGCCGUGGCUGCUAUAAUGAAAAACCACUAUGUAGAUGAUUGGGUUGCAAGCGCUGGGACGGAAGAAGAGACUAUUGAACUAGCGAGAGCAGUCCGGCACGUUCAUGCGAAGGGUGGGUUUGAAAUGCGGAAUUGGGUGUCCAACUCCCCUAAGAUUUUAUCAGCCCUUUGCGAGAGACCAACAGGUUCCAAAUAUUUGAACUUAGGAGCUGCAUUAGCUGCGGAGAAGAGUGAUUACGUUUAUAGCCCAGGGCAAUAG